AUGGCCUCCUCGUCGUCGCCCCCAGCGUUGACAGACUCCCUCGAGACCGCGGACUACUUCAUCUAUGUCACUCAAGUAUACUUUUGUGCGAUGUAUGCCGUGGUACUCUGGGAUUGGAUUAUCAGUUUGCCUAGGGAGUACCGCUUCGUAUGGAGGACACGCUGGACCCCCGUCAAACUGGCUUAUCUAUUUUGUCGAUACUGGGUCAUUACUGUCGUCCCAUAUCUGCUCUACUGCUUUGUCGUUGAUCAUCCUAGAGCAAAGUGCGAGAAAAUAUUCAAGAUCCCAGUCGCAUUGGCCAUGUGGAACCAAGUUGGAUCAGAAUUCGUGCUGCUCAUACGCACCUACGCCUUCUUCAGUCGCAAUGUAUAUGUGCUCUGGUUCUUGUUAUCAGCCUUGUCGGGUGUUGUAGCAUACCAACUUUACGUGGACACUACCCAGAUGCUGUUGCUUCCCUUCUUUAAGCCUCCUUUCGAAAAGGGACCUUGCUUUCCGAUGUCAAAGCCACGCUCUGCUCAUCUGCUCGGUUUUUUUAUCGCACCCCUCUUGUUCGACACCGUCGUCACUUUCAUGACGGUUUGGAAAGCCUUCCACAUCCGCAGACGAAAUGGUGGCCCGAGUAGCAGGCUCAUUCAAACCUUCCUUCGCGAAGGAGUAUUUUACUACAUUCUUAUUUCAAUCGCCAACCUGAUCAACGGGAUUUUCUAUCUGCAACCACGUCAAGUUAUCUCGGCGAUCAACAUCCCUCUGAGCGUAAUGUUGGGUCCUGUUCUCGCUUGUCGCUUGAUUCUAGACUUGCGCGAGAGAGGCUCUGAAACUGUCUCGCACUCGGAAGGAACGGGAAUACCUGCUUUCACAACGAAAUCGGUCACGCACCAUGGGCCCUAUUCUCCCCCAGGCCGUCGGGGUAACAAAUCCGGGGGACGGUAUCAAAGCCGCGGUACGCUAAGCUCUGGCAUCGUGCUUACCACGCUGGGCACCAUCCACCAAGACCCGAUGGAUAUCGACGUAGAAAGGGAUGUUGCGGACAUGGACGACGGUCGUAUUGGAGUCGACCUGGAAAUACUAAGCACCGCUAUCGGCGGAGAAGACGGUGAACCCCUUUCUGAUUCGGAAAGCCAUGGUGGAACGCCUGCUCCAGCAUACAAUUCCCUUGAUCAUGGCUAUCGUGAUCGAAGGUUCCCCUCCUACGAUGAAGACUUGAACCGCGGUCUGCGGAUCACCAUCGAACAAGCAACUUCCACUGCUUAA